AUCUUCCACGAAGCAUAGCGUAGCCACUGUUGUCGUCUUCUCCUCUCCCAUCAAUUACGCGCAAUAAAUACGGUGCUGAGGCUGCUGGGUUCCAUGUUAGUUGCUCCUCGGCCUACAACUCACCCCUUUGAAGCUGCGAAGAAAUCCCCCAUGGGCGAUUCCAAGGAGAGUGAUGGUGGUAGCGGCGGGUGGAUGUCGGUGCCGGCGUUUGGGGAGUGGGACAUGAAGAACGGGGUGCCGGACUACUCCAUGGACUUCACCAAGAUCCGGGAGAUGCGGAAGCAGAACAAGAACACCUCCCGCGCCAGCCUCGGAAACGACGACGAGCUCCGAUCCGGCACCACCAACAAGGAGGAGCAGGAGGCGCCACGCCACAGCCUUCCCGAGCCCGACCUACGCCGCCCCAUCCACCACCACCACGGCUCACCCACCGGGAGGAAGAAGUUUAUGGGCUACUUCCAGUGCUGUAUAGGAGCAUGAAGCAGUGGCCGUCUGCGUUCACGUAGAAUAGUUUGUGGGUUGCGUGUUUCUCGGUCUGCCCUGCACACUUUGGGUGGCCUUAUUACCUUGUUGCUAUUGGCUAAGAAAAAAGUUGUAUGUUGUUGGAAUCUUAACUAUUAAGUGCCACUAUGCGUGCCAUACACGGAGCUAAACCUUGAGGCGGCUAUGUCCGUUGUAAUAUGCUGCCAACACUUGGAUUUGGCUGGACAAUGUGUCGAUGAAAACUGAGAGAUUCCCAGCCCAUAGUGUUCCUUGUCUUCUAUAUUUAUGCAAAAGUCCUGCUCAACAAAAAAUAGUCCAGUCACUCGAUCUAUUAGUUAAGUGAAGAAAGAUUAAACAUAGCAGCUUUACUCACGGUGUUGCCAUGGAUGAAUGUUCUUGUAUCUCUCUCUCAUGGGAGAACCAGCAAAGACAUAAUGCAACUUUCAUUUCUUUGCAAAGCCUGCAGUCUUAAAAGCACUGUGGGAUGUA